AUGGCUGCGCGAGAGUUCCCAACCAUCAAGGCAAUUAGGUCCUUUGUCAUUGGCGGUGUCGGAUCAGGCGGCGAUUAUCACAACGUUAAGGGUGGACACUGGCUGAUCGACUCACCCAUCUCAACGCCAUGUUCAAGAUGGGAGAAGUACAGGGCGUCGCGGACGAGCUGGGGCAUCAACGUGCUUGGCUCGUUCUUUGUUGAAAUUGAGGCCACCGAUGGUACCGUCGGUUUUGCGACAGGAUUUGGCGGCCCGCCGGCAUGCUGGCUAGUCCACCAGCACUUCGAACGCUUCCUGAUCGGCGCCGAUCCCCGUAACACGAACCACCUCUUCGAGCAAAUGUACCGCGCAUCCAUGUUCUACGGCCGCAAGGGGUUACCCGUUGCCGUCAUCUCCGUCAUCGACCUCGCUCUUUGGGACUUGCUGGGAAAGAUCCGCGGGGAGCCUGUUUACAAGCUCAUCGGCGGCAACACGAAGGACCGCAUCAAUUUCUACUGCACCGGGCCGGAGCCAACAGCCGCCAAGGCCAUGGGUUUCUGGGGCGCCAAGGUGCCGCUGCCCUACUGCCCCGAGGAAGGCCACGCGGGCCUCAAAAGGAAUGUCGAAUUCCUGCGCAAGCACCGCGAGUCGGUCGGGCCCGAUUUCCCGCUCAUGGUCGACUGCUACAUGUCGCUCAACGUGCCCUACACCAUCGAGAUUGCCAAGGCGUGCCAGGACCUCAACAUUAACUGGUGGGAGGAGUGCCUCAGCCCGGAUGACACGGAUGGGUUCGAGCAGAUCAAGCGGGCGCACCCGACCAUCAAGUUCACGACGGGUGAGCACGAGUACUCGCGGUACGGAUUCCGCAAGCUCAUCGAGGGCCGCAAUCUCGACAUCAUCCAGCCCGACGUCAUGUGGCUGGGCGGCAUGACGGAACUGCUUAAGGUGGCGGCCAUGGCGGCGGCCUACGACAUCCCCGUGGUCCCGCAUGCCAGUGGGCCGUACAGCUACCACUUCGUCAUCAGCCAGCCCAACACGCCAUUCCAGGAGUACCUGGCCAACUCGCCCGACGGCAAGAGUGUGUUGCCCGUGUUCGGCGAUCUGUUUGUUGACGAGCCCAUCCCGACCAAGGGGUUCCUGACCGCGGCCGACUUGGACAAGCCGGGUUUCGGGCUGACGCUGAACCCGGCGGCGAGGGCGAAGCUUAUCCCGAGCACUUACCUGCUGACGCUGCCCACAAACUCGCUGGGCGCGCCAGCAGUCAAUGGGACCGGGGUGAAUGGAACUGGGGUGAACGGUACUGAGGUGAAUGGUACGGAGCAUGUGGAGGAAAAUCCGAAGGCGGUCAAGCUCGGCGAGCUCAGCAGUACAUAG